GGGGCGCCCGCGGGCCCCUCCACAGCGGCGCCGGCGGUAGCUGCGGAGAAGGAAGAUGGCGGCGGCCGCUUCUGAGCAGCAAAGUUCUAAUGGCCCAGUGAAGAAGUCUAUGCGAGAGAAGGCUGUGGAACGCAGGAACGUUAAUAAGGAGCACAACAGUAAUUUUAAAGCAGGAUACAUCCCAAUUGAUGAAGACCGUCUCCAUAAGACAGGGUUACGUGGCAGGAAAGGCAACUUGGCCAUUUGUGUGAUUGUUCUUCUUUUUAUUUUGGCUGUCAUCAAUCUGAUUAUCACGCUGGUUAUCUGGGCAGUGAUUCGCAUCGGUCCCAAUGGUUGUGACAGUAUGGAGUUCCAUGAGAGUGGCUUGUUGCGGUUUAAGCAAGUUUCUGACAUGGGUGUUAUACAUCCCUUGUAUAAAAGCACUGUAGGAGGCAGACGUAAUGAAGACUUGGUUAUCACUGGAAAUAAUCAGCCUAUUGUAUUUCAACAAGGAACAACCAAGCUUAGUGUGGAAAAAGACAAAACUUCUAUUACCAGUGAUAUUGGCAUGGAAUUUGUUGACCCACGGACACAAAAUACCUUGUUCAGCACAGACUACGAAACUCAUGAGUUUCAUCUGCCAAAUGGAGUUAAAAUCUUGAAUGUACAGAAAGCUUCUACGGAGAGGAUUACCAGCAAUGCGACCAGUGAUCUAAACAUAAAGGUUGAUGGCCGUGCUAUCGUCCGGGGAAACGAAGGCGUUUUCAUCACAGGCAAGACCAUUGAGUUUCGAAUGGGAGGUAACAUGGAACUUAAAGCAGAAAACAGCAUUAUUCUGAAUGGAACUGUGAUGGUCAGCCCAUCACGACUGCCAAGUUCUUCUUACGGGGAACAGUUUAAUAACGGGAACUGGCUGCGUUUCAAGCUCUGCAUGUGUGCGGAUGGGACACUUUUCAAGGUCCAGGUGACAGGUUAUAACAUGGGUUGUCAGACUUCUGUCAAUCCAUGCGGAGCCACGCACUGAAACACAAACCACUACCAGGAGAGUUCUCUUCUGUGUUUACAUGUAUUUGUAUGAAGUAAUUGCAUGUCUUCAAGGAUUUCUGGUUUUACAGCAGUUUAUACUAGCGUUUGUUACAUAGUAUUUUUAAACAAAGGCUGUGAUGUUCAGCAGUAUUAUGUCACCAUCAUGUCAGCCAUAAUAGUGGCACUGAUGUAAUAAGCUAUCUGUCUACGUGUCUACUGAAGUACCUUCCUGAAUUGAGAUCAGUAGAAUAUAUUUCAAGAAUGUGAUCUUAGCAACAGUCUUGUCUGCCUUCAGUUGCCUUAAGAGGAGAUUUUUGUCCUACAUCCCAAGACCUCGAGGGCUGCUGAGAACACAUCUGCGAUCUGAAGGACUUCAACAGGAAUGCCAAUUUGUUGUUGAAAGUGGAUUUACUGGCAGAUUUUUAUCUUCAUUUCUUGCCAAGGGUUGAUACAAUGAUCUCCCCCAAAAUGAUGUGGUUUAUCAUAUGGGUACUAAGAGAGGGCUAGUGGCAGACUUACUUUAUAAUAAUGCAUUAUUUCUGCCAUAUAGUCUCAUGUAGUUAAAAAAAUGCUAGCAUAAAUAAUAUUUGCAAAGUAAUAUCAGGUGUGGAAAUGUAACUUCAGUUUUGAAAGAGUCCUGUGAUUACUGAAGUGGUACUUGAGCUCCCAUUCUGUCUGUGCAGUUUUGGCAUUCUACAGUUGCUUAAUUUAUGUGAAGUAUUUAUAAAACACGUUUAUAUUAGAAGUACAUUUUUAAAGAUGUAACUUGCUCACUACCCAAAAAAGUAUUUUCCUGGGUGCUUUAGUAUGAACUGCAUAUGAAUCAGUUUUUCAACAGACAAUCAUCUAAAGCAUGAGUGAUGCAGCAGUGCCUGAGAUCAGAUCUCUUUUUCCCUGUCAAUGUCGGUACUGAUGUGUUACCAAGAACCUCAGAAUUAAAUUCUGCCUUUAAACUGCACAGGUGUAAUUCUAAAUGGGAUGGUAGGGAAUCCUGUCAGUAGAGUAAAUACAUGUGUAUCUGAAUUUGGCCACAGUGUCUAUGGAGAACUGAGGCCUUACAGAAACUAUUUAACUGCUUUUGCAGAGGUAUGGUGUUCUGUACUAAAAAUAGACCAGCUCAUUCUAAGAUUCCUCCUUCCCCCACCCUGUGUAUAUUUUCAGUUUAAAAUAGUUUUGUUUUUCAGUAGCAUUAAGUAAUCUUAAUAAUGGAGGCCACAAAGGUGACUUUGCAAGUUGCUUUUUGACAGGUUUAUUUUAGAUAAGCACACACUUCUCUUCCUAAAAGUUGUGCAAAUGUUACACAUUAACUUCAGAGUUGGUCAUUUGUUAUGAGAAGAAAAAAUGUCUCCCUUUGGUUUGCUGCUUGCAAAGUACAUAGAAUUCCACAAAAUACAAAACAGCUUCUGUUGCAACAAGAACUUUGUAUCCAAGGUCCAAUUUCCUGUAUUUACUAGAAGUCACUAUGUCCAUGUAGGGCUGGAAGGGAUUUCUCAAGGGGGAUCCUUACGUCAGGCAUUACACUACACAGGAGGUCAGAGUAGUCAUGCUUCCCUCAUUGCCCAAAGGCAAAACCAGAGUAUGAUGCUCCAUAGUUGCUGAGGUUUUGGGAAAUGGACAGCAGUGGAGAUGUUCUAACAAAAGCAAAAGACAAUAAACCGUAGCAAAAGCCAUUGAAUUGCUCACAUUAGAGAUUAUGGGAAAGUCCUAACAUUUUGCAUACAGCCUUCAUGAACACCAUAAUGCUACUGGAGUUAAUAUUUAUUAACAACUUCAACACACAUUUUGCUAAAAACAUGCACACACCUUUGCUGCUAAGCAGUGCCUCAGAAUCUGUUACAGUUAAGAGAAGGAAAUAAAUUGUAACACUUUUAGAACUUUCACUCAUGCUAAUGGAAGUUGGUCACUUUAUUUUUGUAAAUAUUAAAUACAGACACAGGCACAUAUAAAAAUAUAAGCAGCAGUAUCCUCAAACCUGAAAUAGAUCUUGAAAAUGACAGAUACUGCAUCAGAGAGUAACUUACAAACAAAGAGCAUAUUAGAGCUUUUCUCUGGUUAACACUGACAGGCCUAUAUGCUAGUACUGGAUUCUUUAUCAAGAGUUCUUUUUAAAAUACUGUAUGCAACAUAGCAAGAAGAUUUGUCACAAAGGUACUCUUCAGUCGUGGGCUGGAGACUUGGUUUUGAGGUAUGGACCUUUUUGUCAAAAUGUAGCAAAACUGAUCAUGCAAAAAAAAACCCAUGAAAUAGGUUAUCCUUUUGUAAGCUACUAUUUAUGUAUUGUUAAUAUAUUUUGUUGCCUUCACUACACAGUUUGAAAAAUGUUAGCACCACACAUGCCUUAUGCUGUGCAUUUAUUUACUAGUUUUCUUCUAAUUGCCUGAGGUACAUUUUUCUGUUUCUUGUAUUUAAAACACUGUGUGGCACAUUCAUUAUUUCAUUCUCUCAGAUGCACUUAAGAUUCUGUGUGUUCCAAGUACAUUCUACAUGCCUCUGUGUAAAAUACGAUCCUGGGUAUGUUGAAACAACUUGGAUGCAAAGAGUUCUCAGCACAGGUAAAGGUGGUGGUUGUUUCAGCAGGUGAAAAACAAUUGAAUUUCAAAUGUUUGCUUUGAAAUAAAACAAUAAAUUCUUAAGAUGCA